AUGGGUAGGAUUGCCAGUUCCUCGGACCGCCUGGACAUGUAUUUGGCGAACGUCCGAAGAUCGAUCUACGUCGGCAAAGGAGGCCAGGAAGGGACCGAAGCUUCGCUAGCCCAGACGAGGGUAGAGGGUCCGUCUAAUGACCUGGACGCAUUCCUCCCGAAUCUGAACCAUGGGGAUGAUGACUCCGGCGGCUCCGCUGUCCCAAGGCCCAGUCAAAUCCUGACCGAAGCCACGACCUGCGCGCACGCAACGCUCCCCAACGAGACGGCCGCUCCGAUGAUGGUACCUUUCUCCUUGAUUGCCCCCAGCGAAGGGACCGGACCUGCUCUGGGCGUUCCGGCUUUUGUGCGCGUUUUUAUGCCUCAUUUUCCCUCAAGCAUGCAGUGA